AUUGGCAACAACACCCCUUAACACUGGAGUGCCCCAGGGGUGUCCUCAGUCCUCUGCUGUACUCCCUGUUCACCCACGACUGCGUGGCUUUGCACGUCACCAACUCCCAUCAUAAAGUUUGUUGACGGCACCACGGUUGUAGGCCUGAUAGCCGACAGCGCCGAGUCAGUCUUUAGGGAGGAGGUAAGUGAAAUGGCGUUACGGUGUCAUGACAACAACGGGAGCAAAACAAAGGAGUUGAUUGUUGACUUCAGAAAGCAGAUGAGGGAAAUGUCCCGAUCCACAUCAAUGGGACUGUAGUCGAGAGUCACGAUUUUUAAAUUCCUCUGCGUCCACAUCACCAAGGACUUGUCCUGGACCAACAACGCCACCCCUCUUGUCAAGAGGAUGCAACAGCAUCUCUACUUCCUAAGACGGCUUAAUAAAUUCGGCAUGCCGCCCCGGGUUCUCUCCAAAUAAUAUCACUGCACUAUCGAGAGCGUACUAACCGGUUGCACCAUGGCCUGGUUAGGAAAUGUCUCAGUCCACGACCGCAAGGCCCUCCAGUGGGUGGUGAAGACGGCCCAGUACAUCACUGGGACCGUGCUUCCACCCAUCCAGGACAUCUACUCGAAACAAUGGCUGAGGCAGGCACGCAGCAUUAUCAGGGAUCCCACAUACCCCAGCCACAAGCUGUUCUCUCYCUUACCGCCGGGCAGACGGUAUCGGAGCAUGAGACUGCUGAACAAGCCAUCAGACUGCUGAACACUUGAACUGGACAGGCCAGCUGCUCUGAUUCUCCCAACCUUUGCACAACUAACUGCUACCAGACUCUUAUUAUACUGCUCAAUUUAUACACUUGCCCGCCAUCCCCCUUUCCCCAAUACACAAGCCUGCUGAUGGGAGCGGGCAAGAGCAAGCCUAAGGAGCCGGGUCAGCGCUCACUGAGUCUGGAUGGAACCAUUGGAACAGGCUUGGACAGCAUGCACCACCACCUCAGCCCAGCCCAGCAGACCCAGACCCCCAACAGAAGUCCCGCCGUAGGGGGCACGAGGCGCGGCCACCACCCCGGGCAUGCCCCUAACAACACCCCUGAGCUGGCACUGUUCGGCGGGGUGGACCACACGGGCAGCAUCAUCUCUCCUCACAGAGGACCACUGGCAGGAGGUGUCACUACAUUUGUGGCGCUCUACGACUAUGAGUCACGGACUGCCUCGGACCUGACGUUCAAGAAAGGCGAGCGGCUGCAGAUCGUCAACAACACGAGAAAGUACAGCUUCAGGGAAGGGGACUGGUGGCUCGCUCGGUCUCUGACCACUGGAGAAAGCGGUUAUAUCCCCAGCAACUACGUGGCCCCCUCUGACUCCAUCCAGGCAGAAGAGUGGUAUUUUGGGAAGAUAACUCGGCGCAACUCAGAGAGGCUCCUUCUGAGUUUACAGAACCGACGAGGAACCUUCCUGGUCCGAGAGAGCGAAACCACUAAAGGAGCCUAUUGCCUGUCCGUGUUGGACUAUGACAACACUAAAGGUCUCAACGUCAAACACUACAAGAUACGCAAGCUAGACAGCGGCGGUUUCUAUAUCACCUCACGCACCCAGUUCAGCAGUCUGCAGCAGCUGGUCUUCCACUAUCGCAAGCAUUCAGACGGGCUGUGCCACUGUCUGACGGAGGUGUGUCCCGUGCUGAAGCCUCAGACCCAGGGCCUGGCCCGCGAUGCCUGGGAAAUCCCACGGGAAUCGCUCCACCUCGACCUCAAACUGGGCCAGGGCUGUUUUGGAGAGGUCUGGAUGGGGAAGUGGAACGGUACAACGCGGGUGGCCAUCAAGACCCUGAAGACGGGCACCAUGUCCCCAGAGGCCUUCCUYCAGGAGGCGCAGGUCAUGAAGAAGCUGAGACACGAGAAACUGGUGCAGCUCUACGCUGUGGUGUCUGAGGAACCCAUCUACAUCGUCACUGAGUACAUGACCCAAGGUAGCCUGUUGGACUUCCUCAAAGGUGACACGGGCAAGCUGCUACGUCUACCCCAGCUAGUGGAUAUGGCAUCUCAGAUUGCAGCAGGGAUGGCAUACGUAGAGAGGAUGAACUACGUCCACAGAGACCUCAGGGCUGCCAACAUMCUCGUAGGAGACAACCUGGUGUGUAAAGUGGCCGACUUCGGCCUGGCCCGCCUCAUWGAGGACAACGAGUACACUGCCAGACAGGGAGCCAAGUUCCCCAUUAAGUGGACGGCGCCAGAGGCUGCCCUCUACGGCCGCUUCACCAUCAAAUCAGAUGUUUGGUCAUUUGGGGUCCUGCUCACUGAACUCGCCACCAAAGGCAGAGUACCAUAUCCAGGCAUGGUGAACCGGGAGGUGCUGGAGCAGGUGGAGCGCGGAUACCGGAUGCCCUGUCCCGGGGAGUGCCCAAGCUCAAUGCACGAGCUCAUGCUCACCUGCUGGAGGAAGGAUGCCGAGGAGAGGCCCACCUUCGAGUACCUCCAGGGCUUCCUGGAAGAUUACUUUACCUCCACCGAGCCCCAGUACCAGCCUGGGGAGAACCUAUAGGUCUCAGGGACAUCGGUCCCGCCACGGGACCACAUGGGUGGACUUGCCCACCCCUUUUGCAUUAUUUCCUCCCUGUAAUGGACAAUGGUUAAGGAUGGUUUAGGAUUGGGGAGAGAGGAUGAGCUGAUCCUAGAUCUUUGGUUAUGAGUGGCUUCUAACAUGGAGCUUUUGGGGGAAGUGGGAAGCGUUGGUAAUAACUGAUCCCGAGACAGUUUUUGUGGGGACAGUCGUAGUGUUUGAGUGAAAGGUGCUGAUCCCAGAUAUGUGGGGGAAAGGUGUUGAGCAGCUGUAGUGUCCUAAGGAGAAGAGUGCAUUUGCCCCUUAAUUUAGCAUUUUCUCCACUAAUAGUUAAGGUUAGGAUUGGGGGAGAGGAAGCUCAUCCUAAAUCUGUAGCUAGGGGAAACUUCACCGCGGAGAAUCCAAAGGGAGGACGGAGGAUAAUGAGAUGGCCAUUGUUUUGACCCUCCCUCUCUGUCCUAGUACCUUUCUUCUCAAAGGCUCUGUCCGGAUGCCUUCACACUUCUCCCAGAGUGUGCACUACCUGUCAAGCAUUGGCUAGACUAGAKGAAGUCUCCCCCAUUGUUGAAAUCUGUGAGUUUGGAGAAUCUAGAUGCAGCCAUAGCGACCACAGCAUCUGACCUCUCCACCUCCUCUUUUUGCAGAGCACUGCCAACGUGGCAUAGGUGCCAUCUGUCUAUUGUCCCUCUCUCUUGUGGUGAGCCAAAAUGGCACCCUAUUCCUUAUACAGUGCACUACUCUUGAUCAGAGCCCUAUAGACCUCGUCAAAAGUAGUACACUAGGGCUCUGGUACACUAGUACACUAGUAGGGAAUACGGUGCCAUUUAGGACUCAGCCUCUGUGUUGUGUGUGUUUCGCUCUGUCUGUCCCUCUACUCGUUGUUUAUCUAUCUCUCUCUCUCUUCCCAUUUCCUCCUCUCUAUAUCUCUCCAGUAUUCUCAAGUGCUGCUUACUCCAGGUCAUCAGGUGUCUCCAAAACAAAUGUCAAACAUUUUUUAAAGGUUUUCCUUUGUUUGUCUUCUUUUUUUUUUUUUUUUACGGAUGCACUUUCUUCCUGUGUCCAUGUCAAUAAAACUGUAAAUUGUAAA